UUGCUGCUUCUGGGCUCACGGAGGACGACGAGAGGAAUCUACAAGCCGACAAGAUGAGAUCCAAGGCGAGGGCGAGAAAACUGGCCAAAAAUGACAGCGAGCCAGUGGACAGCAUGUACGACACAGAGGCCGACCUCCACGGUUUAGCGGCCGGCAGCGGAGGUGGUGCCGACAGCCCAGAAGAUGACGCAGACGACGGCAUCAUCAACAUGUCCCCCCUGCCCUCACCCACCCCUUCCCAUCCAAACAACAACCACCACCACCUGCUGCACCCCCACAUCUACGCCACCCACCACCACCACCACCUUCACAACAACAGCAACAGCAGCAGCAAUGACCAGGACUUCACCACACCCAAGGAGGGCUCACCCUACGAGGCACCUGUCUACAUUCCAGACGACAUUCCCAUUCCCAGCGACCUGGAGCUGCGGGAGUCCUCUGUGCCCGGUGCCGGCCUGGGGGUUUGGGCCAAGACCCGCAUCGGUGCUGGCGAGAGGUUCGGUCUGCACAGCACGCUGCAUCAUGGGGCCACAGGCAAAGACAGCUCCUUUGGAUGGGAGAUGAUGAAUGACCAUGAAGACACCUCUCCGGACAGCUGCAUCAAAAAGGUGGUGGACGACAUGGGCAACGUCAAGUUUGCGCUGGACACGGGCCCAGACGCCACCGGCAACAGCUGGCUCAAAUACGUCCGCUCUGCCCUGUCAUUCGAGGAGCAGAACCUCGCCGCCUGCCACCUCACCGGAGACCAGAUUUAUUAUAAAGCUGUCCGGGACAUUGAAGCAGGGGAGGAGCUUUUAGUGUAUAUGAAGGACGGUAUUUUCCCGGAGGGAUCCAUGGCACCCAACCUACAAGACGAGCAGAUGUACCGCUGUGAAGACUGUGAUGAGCUGUUCUCCUCAACACUUGAGCUGCGGCGGCACCAGAAGUAUUCGUGCUCUAGCACCGGCUCCAUCUUUGACACACUGAGAGAAGACUUCAAACAGGAGCGUGAGGACAGCGACGAGCCGGUCCACGAGUGUAAAGACUGUGAGAAGAUCUUCCCAAAUGAAUACAGUCUGGGCCAACACAUGAUAGUCCAUACAGAGGAGAGGGAGUACAAGUGUGACCAGUGCCCCAAAGCCUUCAACUGGAAGUCCAACCUCAUCCGUCACCAGAUGUCACAUGACAGUGGCAAGCGCUUUGAGUGUGAAAACUGUGAUAAGGUACAGCAUACCCAGCACGUGUUCACAGAUCCCAGCAACCUCCAGCGCCACAUCCGCUCCCAGCACGUGGGGGCACGCGCUCACACGUGUCCUGAGUGUGGCAAGACCUUUGCCACCUCGUCAGGCCUCAAGCAGCAUAAGCACAUCCACAGCAGUGUCAAACCCUUUAUCUGUGAGGUGUGCCACAAAUCCUACACCCAGUUCUCCAACCUCUGCCGCCACAAGCGUAUGCAUGCUGACUGCCGCACCCAGAUCAAGUGUAAGGACUGUGGGCAGUUGUUCAGCACUACCUCCUCCCUCAAUAAGCAUCGUCGCUUCUGUGAGGGCAAAAACCAUUAUGGUUCUCCAGCAGGGAUGUUCAACCCUGGCAUCCCCAUGAGCUCCAGCCCCAUCAUGGCCAAGGCCAAGUCCCACCAUCCUCACCUUGCAGGUUUGAACCAGUCCAGUUUAGGUUUCACUGACUACUUUCCCUCCCGACCUCACCCUCAGGCUGGCUUGCCCUUCUCCCCAGGACCCCAUGGCUUCCCAUCCCUCCCACAUGGUUUCCCAGGUAUCUUCCCCCCAUCACUGUAUCCACGACCGCCUUUAUUGCCGGCAAGUCCAUUGAUAAAGAGCCCACUGGGCGGCAGCAGUCAAGAGGUGAAGCUGCCUCGUAGUCCCCUAGAUGCCCCUCCACUGUCCCUGGUCAGCUCCACAAACAGCAAUGGAGGUAACGGUUUCAGUCAGCUGGAAGACAAAGAAAAAGAGAACAAACUGGAUUUGUCUUCUAGUGGAGAAGCCAAGCCAAAAUCCAAGAUGGUAGACAUGUCUGAUGGUAGUGACCUUGAAGACGUUAAUACUACAAGUGGGACAGAUUUGGACACCACCACUGGUACUGCUUCAGGUGAUGGUUCUGACCUCGAGAGCGACGGAGACAGUGAACGUGAGCGAAGUGGUAAAAGAAGGAAGCCAUCUGGGGCCAUAUCAAGUCAAGAAGGCAACCAGUUAGAAGACACAAACAGCGCGUUGAUAUCAGCCAUGUCUAGCUCGGGGAACCUCCCUGUCGAACGUCCCUUUCUCUCUUCUGCAUCAUCCCAACCCUCCUUCUUCCCGCCACCCGAUGAGCAAGCCCUCCCGCCCACCACCACAAAUGCCAAUGCAGCCACCACAGAUUCCAUCAAAGCCAUCGCCUCUAUUGCUGAGAAAUAUUUUGGUCCAGGUUUGAUUGGUCUUCAUCAGGAGAAGAAGAUGGGUCCAUUGCCCUACCAUUCCAUGUUUCCCUUCCAGUUCCUGCCCAAUUUCCACAACUCCCUCUAUCCCUUCACCGCUGAUCGAGGUGCCCUCAAUCCUAGCAUGUUCUUUAAGGCAGAGCCAAAGUCACCACGCGAGCAGCUGCACAAGCUGGUUUCUGGUGUUCCCCCUGCUCCUGCCUCCACAGCGGAGUCACCAUUUGAUCUCACCACAAGGUCCAAGGAGACCAAGUUAGCUCCUUCCACCCCAACAAACCCCUCAAACCCCAACAGUAGUACUGGGAGUAGUAGUGGACCUUUAGCAAUAUCUAGCGGUGAAGAACAGCCAUUGGACCUCAGCAUUGGCAGCCGGAGCCGAGGUGGUCAUAACGGUUUGGCAGCUGAGCCACAAAACAGAAAGAACCACAUCUUCGGAGUUGGAAAGGGGGGCUCCAUCAAGGAUGAAACCCCAGCUGGGUUUCCACACCCCCAUUCCCAGUUAUUGCACCAAUCCUCCAUUGCCCAGCACCAGCAGCCUCAGGCACAACCACACCAGCCCCCACCCCUGCACUACGCCAAGCCCUCAGCAUUCUUCAUGGACCCCAUAUACAGCAGGGUGGAGAAGAGGAAGCUACUCGACCCUGUAGGAGCUCUGAAGGAAAAGUUCCUCAGGCCCUCACCGCCACUCUUCCAUCCACAGAUGUCAGCCAUGGAGAACAUGACAGAGAAGCUGGAGAGCUUUGGCGCUCUAAAACUGGACGCGCCGCCCAAUUCACUGCAACACUCAGCUCAUCCACUGUUCAACUUCCGCUCGCCACCACCUUCCCUCUCAGACGCCAUCCUCCGCAAGGGCAAGGAGCGUUACGCCUGCAGGUACUGUGGGAAAAUCUUCCCUCGUUCGGCAAACCUCACCAGACACUUGCGGACACACACAGGGGAACAACCCUACAGGUGUAAAUACUGUGACCGCUCGUUCAGCAUCUCAUCCAAUCUUCAACGCCACGUUCGCAACAUCCAUAACAAAGAGAAACCCUUCAAGUGUCACCUGUGCAACCGCUGCUUUGGUCAGCAAACCAACCUCGACCGCCAUCUCAAGAAGCACGAGCAUGAGAACAUUCCUGUGAGCCAACAGUCCGGGAUGCUUUCCAACUUAGGAACCACCAUCUCCUCCCCAAACUCCGAGCCAGACAAUCAUGCACUUUUAGAUGAGAAGGAGGACUCAUACUUCUCAGAAAUCCGCAACUUCAUUUCCAACACUGAGAUGAACCAGGCCUCCAGCUCCACGGAUAAGAGAUCAGACCAGGCUGAGGACGAGCGCCCGCCCAGCCACAGUUUGUCCAACUCCAAGCUAGGCCUCCAGGGGCUGGAAGAGGAGGAAGAGGAAGUGGAGGGCGACGAUGAGGAGGAGGAGGAAGGCAGCCUGACAGAGAAGUCUCACGACGAGGCGCCAGAGUCCCCGUCUCCUGUCACAACAGGAGCGUAUGAGGAGGACGAGGAGGAGGAAGAGACGGAGACGGCUCCAUUAGCUAUGAGCUAUGAACACACUCGCAGGCUUAUGCAAUGAUGCUGUCCCUCUCCGAGAACAACCCUUUGCACGCGCCCUCCCAGAACUCUCUGGACGCUUGGCUGAGCAUGGGGGGUGGACCGUCUGAGACGAGCAGCUUUCACCCACUCAACCACAUCUAGACGAGAGACAGAGCGAGAGAGAGGAAGUGGGAGGAGGAGGAGGAUAGGUAGAGGCAAGAGACUGAGUGGACACGAGUAGUGAGAAGACGUGGAGGCCGGACAAGAAUUCAGUGUCACAUACAUUCAAGAUAGAAAGAAUAUGUUUGUGAGGUUAUGUGUGUUCAUGUGUGUGUGUGUGUGUGUGUGUGUGUGUGUGUGUGUGUGUGUGUGUGAGUGAUUGAGAAAGAGGAGGGAGAGAUUGUGCCUAGUUGAGGCGUCUCGCAAGACUCUGUCAAAGAGAAAGCACUGCUAAGCUCCUGUUGAUGUGAAGGACAUGAUGAAUGCUUCUCAACAGCAUUGAAACUCUGCGUUACUCUGAUCCUCCCCAAGUCCACAAGGCUCACCCCAGCACCGCGGAGACCCUACGCGAGGCUCUCAUAAAGACACUUAAUGACUAGUAUGUCUCUAAAGUCCGUGUACACCGCCUACCACAAGCACUGCAGCAUCAGCACUGCAUCAGCACUGCAUGUCCACAAGGUGGUGCUGUUUCACUCGGAACAUAGUGGGCGCGUGCACUAUUGUCUCCAGGUUUCCCCCAUCAAUCAUGGGCGACUCAUUUACUGAUCUUGUUUCAGUUAUAACUGCAGAAUCAACGAUAGCACCACACUAAAUGUUACUUGAGGAAAUGACAGUUCCAGUAGACUGUUGAUUUUUGAAUGAUUACACGGAGAAUGAUGUUCAGACGUGCACAGCAACCGGUGAUUUUAAUGAGCUGUCUGGGACACUAGCCGUCGUAACUGGUUACCCAAUUUGAUCAUGCUGAAAAUGAAUUUAAAAUCAUACUCAAAAAACGAGGAAAGUCUUUCUCUGCUUGUUUAUUUCAUCGUCAUUUGUUAAUUUUAUUUACUUUCUUUCCUCUUAGAUACCACAGUAUUGUUUCUUUGUAGGCACCGCAGUGCUAAAUUGUUAAUAUAAUUAUUUUAGAGAAGGACCAAAAUUGUAUGAUAUUGUCAUAUGAUGUACAAAAUAACCUAGAUGUUCAUAGCAAGAGUGGUAUGUGCCAAAUAACCCAUAGAAAAUGUUUUGUUCUCUGACAAUCAUUUCAUUUCCAAGGGGCUUGCCUUUGCUGUCAUAGUUGUUUUUUUUCUUUUCUUAUUACGCUCUUAUAAAUUUGAUUUCAGAAGUGUGUGUAUGUAUUUAUUUUUGGUUGUUUUGUCCUGACUGGAGGAGUGAAAUGAAGAAAAGUCAUUUUAUCCCUCUUUUCUUGUUGCUGAAGGAAUGAACGCCUAUCAGAGCGUGAGGGAGAUUCUGAAUCUCUGGUUUUGAAGCGUUAGUGUGCCAAAAUGGAGAAGAACCCAUGAAAUUAAUUGUUUUUAUUUAUAGUGAAAGAUAGCUGUAGUUAGUUUUAGGUCCUAUUUGGCAUCGUAACGUCCUGCAGUGUUUAGUUGUUUCUCUUGUUUCAGUUCAACCAUUUUACCCAGUAUGCCGAAUGUGUCUUGUUCAAGUGUUAUGGGGGUGGGGGGACAGACUUGGACAACUUUCACUAUGAAUGUCACAAAAGGGCAUUACGUUGUCACACUAUUGAAUCUGACUAGUUUCUAGCACAUCGAGCUCCCUUUUUUUCCCUCCCUUUUACAUUUGAUACAUGUAGUGUAACCAGUGCAUAUUCUUUUUAAGAUUAUUUGUCCUGUAUUACAUGGUCCAAACGUCUAAAACACACGGUCACAUCUGCAUGAACGUCUGCUGCAUCGGAGUGAACAAACUCGCUGGUCAUGCAAGAAGGAAAGUAAGGACUCGUGAAACUAAAAAAAAAGAAAGAGAGAGAGUAAAUGAAACCACAGAUAGUGUUAAAAUGGACAUCAUAAUUCUGCUGGUCAGUCCACAUGUAAAAAAAAUAAAAUAAAAAAUGUCUACUUGAUUCUGGAUGGGGAAAACAGAAACACUUGAUCAUGAGUUUGACUUUCUAUUCCCUGUUCUUCUUGUGAGAUCAUACUGAAAACUCAUUCCAUGUGGUCUACAAGGUAGCUGUGCCAUGGAGGGCAUGAGUCAUUUACUGUAGAUAACUGUAGAUAGCUGCAGGAGGCAGGGGGGGGUGAGCAUUGUUGAUCAUUGUGGCCUUGAUCCUCCCUGCGUACUGGGACUUUCAGAACUAGGCCUGAUGCUGUAUUUUCAAACUAGUACUUAAACCAUAUGGGUCCAAGCCAUAAAUUGAUCAGGCUUAGGUCUCUAGAACUUAGAACACAGAAACAUUUUCAGACUAGUUUCACUUUCAGUAAGACGAGCAACUGGCGCUCGACACGGAGAGAUAAGAAAAACCUGAAACAGAAGCACUGUAAUUUUUCUUCACCACAGCAGGUGGUAGUGUGAUGCUGGGACUGAUGCAUCAUCUCAUUUUUCUAAAGACAGAAGUCUUUUUUUUAUAAUUCUACUGAAUGAGAUUUCAUUCAUGGUAAACACAUUGUUUUCCAACUCGUGGUUAUAAAAUGUAAAGACUUGGGUUGCUAUGUUUUUAGGCUGACUAUAUGUAGUAAUUCAUGUCAUGGACUACUGUAAUAAGUACGCGCUGUGUAAAGCAAAGGAAUUGAAGGCAUUGAAGUAUUCCAUUUUGCCAACUUCAGAAAGUAUUCUGGCAGAUGGUCGCUGAUAUAUGUUUCAGCAUAAUAGAACAUGGUUGCUGUUUUCCCCCCACUGUUACAGGAGAAGGUAAAAAUAUACAUAUUGUUUCUUUUUAACUGUAUAGUAUUUUAAAGAAUGAAAAACAAUGAUGCAUUUGUCUGAAGAAAAAUAUCAUUGAAAAAUAUGGGUUUAAAUGGAUGGUGCUUGUUUUGUUUGAAUCUGAGUUGUAUAUCGCCUCUGUUAUGUUUAUUGAAAACAAACAAAAAAAAAAGAUAUUGUGCAUGACGUGUUUAGCAGUCAUAAUGAUGUCCAUUUGUGAAAUGUGUAUCAAAUCAAAAAAUGAGAAAAAAAAAGAAAAGAAAAAAAUAAAUCCGUAGAUGCACUUAUUGUACAUGUGGUUAGGUUAGUAGGUUUGACUUCAAGUUCUUGACUGCCUUACAGGUGGCUCUGAAAGACAUAGAAAAGACUUGUGGGACAAGACAUAAUGAAAAACAAUAAAGGAUUGUAGAAUAAUGUUGAACAAUUCUGAAAUUGCAGUUCUUUUGAUGCUUGUGAUUAUUGAAGAUGUACUUUAGAGAAAUUUCAUUGAAAAGAUAUGACUCUGAUGUUAAUUCUGUAGAAUAGCAAUGUAUACCAAAUGUAAUCUUUCCAAUGCUAUGAAGAAUUUAUACAUGAAAUUGAUAUGCAAUAAAACCU